GUCGCCGACGAUGACCAUGGGCCUCUUACGACUCCAGCCCUGCUGGAGUCCAUCUCGAAUACUGGGCUCCCCACGAUUUACUCGGCAGCUGCACGUCUCUCAUGCUCGCCGCGCCCUCGCCCCCACCAGACCGGUCAGAGCCGUCGCGCAGGCUGCUGUCGGCUCGUUCGCCAGCGAGUCUGAGGGGGAGCACGUCCUGAACUCGCCCUCGGAGCUCGCGCGCAAAAUUUCGGCGAAGGUUUUGCCCAAGAUCCCCCGCCCGGACGUCAGCAAGGUCCUCAUCGUAGGCAGCGGCGGUCUCAGCAUCGGCCAGGCUGGCGAGUUCGACUACUCCGGUUCUCAGGCACUCAAGGCCCUCCGCGAGGAGGGAGUCGAUGCGGUCCUCAUUAACCCCAACAUUGCGACGUGGCAGACCUCGCACCAGCUCGCGUCGGAGGUCUACUUCCUGCCUAUCACUGCGGACUAUGUCGCCUACGUCUUGGAGAAGGAACGCCCGGAUGGUAUUCUGCUUACUUUCGGUGGACAGAGCGCGCUCAACGUCGGCAUCGAGCUUGACCGCAUGGGUGUGCUCGACCGCCUCGGUGUUCGUGUUCUUGGUACCCCCAUCCGUACGCUCGAGGUCUCCGAGGACCGUGACCUUUUCGUCCAGGCACUCAAGGAAAUCGACAUCCCGGCUGCGACGUCUACGGCUGUCUCAUCGGUCAACGAUGCGCUCAGCGCAGCGGAGAAAAUUGGUUACCCGGUUAUUCUGCGGUCCGCGUUCACCCUCGGUGGCCUCGGUUCUGGCUUCGCGAACGACGCUGACGAGCUGCGCGACCUUUCGGCCAAGAGUCUCAGUCUGAGUCCUCAGGUUCUCAUCGAGCGGAGCAUGAAGGGCUGGAAGGAACUCGAGUACGAGGUCGUCCGUGACGCUGCCGACAACACGAUCAUCUGCUGCAACAUGGAGAACUUCGACCCGCUCGGCACGCACACUGGUGACUCCAUCGUCGUAGCGCCGUCCCAGACGCUCCCCGACGAUGAGUACCACAUGCUUCGGUCUGCUGCGCUCAAGGUCAUCCGCCACCUCGGUGUCAUCGGCGAGUGUAACAUCCAGUACGCACUGAACCCAACGUCACGCGAAUACUGCGUCAUCGAGGUCAACGCCCGGUUGAGUCGGUCAAGUGCUUUGGCGUCCAAGGCUACUGGCUACCCUCUCGCGUACACGGCUGCCAAGAUCGCUCUCGGCCACACUCUCCCGGAGCUGCCCAACGCAGUUACGAAGACGACUACGGCAUGCUUCGAGCCCUCUCUGGACUACAUCGUCACAAAGAUCCCCAAGUGGGAUCUUGCGAAGUUCACGGCCGUCAACCGCGAGGUCGGCUCAGCCAUGAAGUCCGUUGGAGAAGUCAUGGCUAUCGGUCGCACUUUCGAGGAAUCACUCCAGAAGGCUAUUCGGCAGAUUGACCCGCGCUGGAAGGGCUUCGAGGCUUACAUCGAGCCCGAGGACAUUGACACCGCGCUGAGCAAGCCUACGGACAUGCGCCUGUUUGCUAUCGCAUACGCGAUCUUCAACAAGCAGUACACGGUUGACAAGAUUCACGACUUGACCAAGAUUGACAAGUGGUUCCUUUACAAGAUCGAGAACAUUGUCAACACGGUGUACGCGCUGAAGGCCGCUGGUUCGCUCGAGGUCAUCGACCAUGAGCUUAUGCAACGGGCCAAGCGCAUGGGUUUCUCGGACCCGCACAUCGCCGACCUUGUCUCCUCGUCUGAACUCUCCGUCCGCGCGCACCGCAAGUCGCUCGGCAUCACGCCCUUCGUCAAGCGGAUCGAUACCCUCGCCGCUGAGUACCCCGCGCACACGAACUACCUUUACACCACGUACAACGCGUCUGAGCACGACGUCAAGUUCGACGAGCACGGCACCAUGGUCCUCGGCUCCGGUGUGUACCGCAUUGGUAGCAGUGUCGAGUUCGACUGGUGCGCGGUGACCUGCGCACGGAAGCUCCGUGAAAUGGGCAAGCGCACAAUCAUGAUCAACUACAACCCGGAGACCGUCUCGACCGACUUCGACGAGGCCGACCGCCUCUACUUCGAGGAGCUCGGCUUCGAGCGUGUCAUGGAUAUCUAUGAGCUCGAGCAGUCGCAGGGAGUUAUCGUCAGCGUCGGAGGUCAACUACCGCAGAACAUUGCGCUCCGUCUCAAGCAGACCGGCGUCACCGUCCUCGGUACGGAUCCUGAGAAGAUCGACAACGCGGAGGACCGUCACAAGUUCUCUUCCAUCCUCGACAGCAUUGGGGUGGACCAGCCGGAGUGGACGGAGGUCACCUCCGUUGCCGCUGCCAAGGAGUUCGCCGCGCGCGUCAGCUACCCCGUCCUCAUCCGUCCGUCGUACGUUCUCUCUGGCGCGGCCAUGAACGUCGUCUACGAGGAGGAGUCGCUCGAGUACAACCUCUCUGCCGCCGCCUCCGUCUCUCCCCUCCACCCCGUCGUCAUCACGAAGUUCAUCGACGAUGCGCAGGAGAUUGACGUUGACGCCGUCGCGCACAACGGCCGCCUCCUGCUCCACGCCAUCUCCGAGCACGUCGAGAACGCCGGCGUGCACUCUGGCGACGCCACCCUUGUACUCCCGCCGUUCUCGCUCCUGGAGGAGGAAAUGGCGCACCUGAAGCAGAUCGCAGAGAAGGUCGCUGCCGCCUUCGAGAUCUCCGGCCCGUACAACAUGCAGGUCAUCCGCAAGGCGUCCGCGACCCCUGGCGAGCCCGCCGAGUUCAAGGUGAUCGAGUGCAAUCUGCGCGCGUCGCGCUCGUUCCCCUUCGUCUCGAAGGUCCUCGGCCGGAACUUCAUCGAUACGGCGACCGCCGCUAUCGUCGGCCAGGACGUGCCUGAGCCGGUGGACCUGAUGGCGGAGAAGCGCGACUACACCGCGAUCAAGGUCUCACAGUUCUCGUGGACCCGUCUCGCUGGCGCGGACCCCUUCCUCGGUGUCGAAAUGGCGAGUACCGGCGAGGUCGCGAGCUUCGGCAAGGACAUCCAGGAGGCGUACUGGGCGUCGCUGCUGAGCACGACGGGUUUCAAGAAGCCGCGCGCGAACACGGGCGUGCUCAUCGGUGGCGACGUGACGAAGCCUGAGAUGAAGACGAUCGCGAAGGGCCUUGUCGACCUCGGCUUCAAGCUGUACUGCUCGUCGCCCGCGGUCGAGGAGUUCCUGAACUCGAUCCCGUACGUCACGGCGAAGCGCAUUUUUUUCCCGAAGACGGACAAGCGCCUGCUGCGCGAGGUGUUUGACGAGUACGACAUCGAGUGUGUCAUCAACCUGGCUAAGUUCCGCGGAAAGGACGCCACCGACGAGGAUUACGUCGCCCGCCGGAAUGCGGUCGACUUCGGCCUGCCCCUGCUGAACAACGCGCGCUGCGCACAGCUCUUCGUCGAGGCUCUCGCGAAGAAGAUCCCCGAGGGCGGCCUCAGGGAGUACACCGAGGACCGGAUACCCUCCGAGGUGAAGUCCUGGCGCGAGUGGGUCGGGUACCGCGCAUAGUCGCGCUUGACCUUGCCAACCGAAAACUCGCGAGAGUGCGAGAACAUUUUGUGGACUGGAUUCUUGCACCUGCUUUCUUGCGAUGAAAAAGUACACGUAGAAGUGCUGCAUUUGUAUAUGAUACUUUAAUGAAUAGACCGCACAACCAGCUAACGGCGACAGUAUACAUCUUCGUUGUGCGUGGGACUUCUUUCAACACCUCCCUCAAGCACACCGUUCCUUACGAGGGCACGGGGAGUAGAUCGUCUGGUCCACACAGUUGAUCGACGACGAGUUCCUCCGCGGGCUGGUAGCGUAGCUCUGGCGCGACGACCCCGUCUUUGGCAUGCGGGCGGUUGACUGCGAACCUGCUAGCGACAUCCGACGGCAGCUUGCCUUCGAUAGCGUCGGCGACCAAGCGACCCACCACAGGGAGAAACUUGUAAGCAUGCCCGCUCCCAGCUGUCGCGAGCACGAGGUUCGUAUCCUCCGGAUGGUGGCCAAUCACCCAGUUCUCGUCUGGGGCGUCCGUAUACCAGCACAGCCGCGUGGCUGCAAAGGGCUUCUUCGCCAGCUCGGGAUACACCUGCGUCAGCUCGGCACGCAGCUUCUGCACGGCAGCUUUGGGAAUGCGGAGCCCAUCCUCGCCGUGCGACGUGAGUGUGCGCGGGGUGGAGAUGACUUGGGCGGACUUCGCGUUUUCGACCGUCUGGGUGUAUCCCCCGCCGUGAAUGGCCAAUUUCACGAUGUUGUCCUUGUUAGGCGGGAACAUGUAAACACCCGUGACGAAGUUGAGGACUACGGGGCAGUCGCGGUACUGGUCGCCCUCCUCGGGAGUGAGCUGGAUCAUAGCUACCGUUUGCCCUGUCGCCAAGCACUGGGCUUGCAAGGAAAGCUCAGGGAACGCAGAGGCUGUCCACGACCCCACGGCAAGCACCGUGAGGUCCGCCUCGAAAACGGUCCCGUCCUCGCAACGCACGCCCGCGGUCUUCCCGUCCGUCUUGAGCAGCUCCGCAACGGCUUUGCCGGGAACGAUUUUCCCGCCCAGAGAAGCGACCUUGUCCAUCAAGCGCGUUAUCCCCUGGGACGCAAAUGCCCAGCCUCCGUCGCGGUUGAGCCAGCCGCGCGCGUUCUCCGGGACAACAACACUGACGCCUGGAGGGAAGACUUUGCGGAUCGCGUCGGCGCCGGAGAGAUGCUCGAUGCGCGCUCCGGCGGCGACGUCGUUUUCGUAGGCCUUGUCGGUAUACUCCUCUCCGGCUAUCAGAGGGCAGUAUACGCCCGACUCGUGGUAAGUGUCGCCCCACAACUCCGCAUCCUUCCAGUCGGCGAUGGCCUCUCGGGCAAGGCGAGCAUAGAAGGUGUCAGCGUACGAGCUUCGUACGAUCUUGUUAAUGUCGGUACUGGCGGCAUCGGGAGCCGGGAGUACGGGGGAUCUGUCAAUGACCGUGAUGUUCUGGUAGCCUCUCUUCAAGAGAUGGUAGGCUGUCGAGAGACCGAAGCAUCCCGCUCCGACGAUCAGUAUCUUCUGCUGCGUUUGGGACAUGGUUUCCGAUCAACCAC